AUGGAUCUGCUCCUUUUUCUGGAGAUACUUACCUUUCUUGCUGGAUCAUUGACUAAAGGUGGCAGUGCCCAAGUGACUAAUAGCAACUCUGAGCUGUUGAAAUGGAGUAAGAAUAUUACCAAAAGGGAGGCUGGGUGCCCGGAAGGCCAGCAACGUCAGGGACAAUUCUGCUGCCUACCAUGUCUUCCUGGUGAACGAAAAAAAAGUGACUGCGGAGUCAAUGGGGACAAACUAGUCUGCGUGUCCUGCCUGGAAGGGGUGGAGUUCACAGACAAGGAACAUUAUUCUUAUAAAUGCAGAAAGUGUGGAAUUUGUGAUGGAGAACACGGCUUAGAAGUGGAAACAAACUGUACCAGGACCCAGAAUAUCAAGUGCAGAUGCAAAUCAAACUUUUUUUGUGACACUCCUCCAUGUGAACACUGUAACCCUUGCACCAUGUGUAAACAUGGAAUCGCUGAGGAUUGCACAGCAACCCAGGAUACCAGAUUACCUUGUUUAAUCUUAAAGAUGGCUUAUUUUCAUGUAAAAUGUCCAAUGUUUCAAUCUAUAGGAUCCAGCAAUAACUACCUGUGGUUCUUGGUCCUGGGCCUGAUUCCAAUUGCAUUCAUAGUUUGGUUUUUAGCUGUGAAAAGACGGCACAGGAAUAAUAAUGUUCACUGUGAAUCUACACCUGAAAAUACUGAAAUGUCCCCAUUGGCUUUAGCAGACAUCGACUUGGAUGAACAUAUGAGCUCUAUUGCUGAGCAAAUGACAUUCACUCAAGUUAAAGAGUUUGUUAGGAAGAAUGGUAUCAGUGAAGCCAAAAUAGAUGAAAUCAAGAAUAACUAUCUCCAAGAUACAGCUGAACAGAAGAUCCAGCUGCUCCGUAAUUGGUAUCAAUGUCACGGGAAGAAAGGUGCAUGUGUCACUUUGAUUACAAGUCUCAAAAAUGCCAAUCUUUGUGCUCUUGCAGAGAAAAUUUCCAAUAUAGUCCUAACGAACAGUGUUAAUGGACAUGAAAAUGCUAACAUCUAAAACAGAAAUGAAAGCCAAAGUUUGGUCUAAAGUGAAAAACAACUCACUCAGUUUUGAGUCUAGACAACCAAUAGAAAAAUUUGUGUUUGAAAAUGUUAGGUGGACGCUGAAAAUGUUGCUUGACUUUUUACUAGGUAUGUUUUCUUUUUUACAUUUAUUAGACUUGCAGAGCUAUAUAUUUACGGGUUUCAAGGAUCUCCUGAUUUUACCUUCAAGGAUGUUUAAAAUUUAGACAGGCAUGGUUAAGAAUAAAUGCAGAGGUAUGUUAAGUAUGCAAAUAGGUGUGUUUGCAAAGACAAAACAUUGGAAUCAUGCGCUAGCAUCUAAUGUAUGAUUCUGUAGAUGCAAAUAUAAUUAUGGUAUGUGAAUACAAAAGUCCAUCUACAGGCUGACCCCUUUGAUGAAUCAACAGAAGCUAUGACCUCUGAUGCAACGUCACAAUCACUGGAAAGGCAACUCUGCCUCUAAAUUACCUGCCCAGCUCCAGGAUGAUUCCAGAGGUUUUACAACGUUUGUCAGUUUUGUUUCCAACUCUGAGCAUAUUCAGGGAAAGCUUGUGUGUACCUCUGAAAGCAGAAUUUAAAUAAGGUUCUACUUCAAAGAUGCUUACACAGAUUAUUGGCAUUUCAUUGUGAAAUAUUUCAAUUUUGAAUUCACAUAGAAAACACAGACUCCGUUAUCAUGCUUGAAAUUUUAUAUUUGUAUGCCCUCCAACUGGAUCAAAAUAACUGACUUCCUUCUCAGGUGCCAAAACAUGUCGAUCAGGAAGCAUUCCUAGAGCUUUGCCACCUCUCCAUCUUUUCCUUGAUGUACGUCUUGAUUGUCUUUACACUCCCAAACCUGAAAACAAUAUCUGUGAAAUACAGUGAGCCACCAAAAGCCACUGCUGCUCUUAGAAACUCCUAGCCAGGUUUGGAGAGACUCACUGCUCUUACAGAAGGUAGUUUCGUGGCAUCUCACGAACCCAUGUCUACCACCAAAGUUGAUAUGUAGAUUCUUACUUUGCUCUGUCCCUUGCUAAGAAUGCAGCUUAUACAUAGUGAAGGUGAAAUCAUCCCCAGGUUUUAGGACUUGUUCUUGCUAUUUCCUGCAGCUUCUCCCCACUGUCACAUCCUUAGACACUUCAAAACAUGUACAUUAAUGUGAAUUUUAGUAAAUAAUAUUUAUAUUUGUAUAUAUGUAAACUGAAGAUGGUUACAAACUGAAAUGGAUGCUUCAAACGACCUAAAUAGCUUCCACGGAUGGAAGGUUUGUAUUUGGAAAUAUAAAAUAUAGGUGAAAGUGUUUAAUUAAAAUUUUUUUUUGGUA